GUUCCGGAAGUGAAAGGACCGAUGGUGUACGGAGCGGUGCGGGAAUCUGUCGGUAUCGUUCGUGCCCAGCGGCGCGGUUCUGCUCCUCAACAUGGACACGCUGAACAAACUCAAGCAGUUCGACGCGUACCCCAAAACCCUGGAGGACUUCCGGGUGAAGACGUGGGGCGGCGUGACCGUGACCAUCAUCAGUGGCAUCAUCAUGUUGAUCCUGUUUGUCUCCGAGCUGCAGUACUACCUCACCAAAGAGGUUCACCCUGAGCUGUACGUGGACACGUCACGAGGAGACAAACUCAAAAUCAACAUUGACGUCGUCUUCCCACACAUGCCCUGCGCCUAUCUCAGUAUAGAUGCGAUGGACGUAGCCGGCGAGCAGCAGUUGGACGUUGAACACAAUCUGUUCAAACAGCGGCUGGAUAACGAUCUGAAAGCCGUCACCACCGAGGCAGAUAAACACGAACUAGGUAAGGCUGACGACGGGGGAGUGUUUGACCCCAGCACACUGGACCCUAACAGAUGUGAGAGCUGCUACGGAGCCGAGACUGAAGACCUCAAAUGCUGUAACACCUGUGAUGACGUGCGGGAGGCCUACAGGCGGCGAGGCUGGGCUUUUAAAAAUGCUGACACCAUCGAGCAGUGCAAGAGGGAGGGCUUCACUCAGAAGAUGCAGGAGCAGAAGAACGAAGGCUGCCAGGUUUAUGGCUUCCUGGAGGUCAACAAGGUGGCAGGAAAUUUCCACUUUGCUCCAGGAAAAAGUUUCCAGCAGUCGCACGUUCACGUGCACGCUGUGGAAAUUCACGACCUGCAGAGUUUCGGCUUAGACAACAUAAACAUGACCCAUCUGAUAAAACACCUGUCGUUUGGUAAAGACUACCCCGGCAUCGUGAAUCCUCUGGACGACACAGACGUCACAGCACCACAAGCGUCCAUGAUGUACCAGUACUUUGUGAAAAUCGUUCCCACGAUCUACGUGAAAACAGACGGAGAAGUGGUGAAAACAAACCAGUUCUCUGUCACCAGACAUGAAAAGGUGGCCAACGGGUUGAUAGGAGACCAGGGGCUGCCGGGCGUCUUUGUUUUGUACGAGCUGUCGCCCAUGAUGGUUAAAUUCACAGAGAAACACAGAUCCUUCACACACUUCCUAACAGGAGUUUGUGCGAUUAUCGGAGGUGUUUUCACAGUGGCCGGACUGAUCGACUCGCUCAUCUACCACUCGGCUCGGGUCAUCCAGAAGAAAAUAGAGCUGGGCAAAGCGUCCUAGCACUGCCCCCCCCCAACCCCCCCGCUGGCCUCCACGGUGCAACACAGACCAAGACACGGAUACAGAGACAGAAGGAAGAAGAGGAGGAGGAGGAAGAGGGGCGGAGGUGAAGAGGGAGAAGUUUGGAAACGGGAGUGAGUGGCUGGUUUUCCCUCCAUCUCCCUCUUCUGUCAGACUGAGAGAGAGAGAGAAAGAGAGAGAGAGAGAGACAUUGAGGUCGGCCAAGUUUCCUCCGUCUCUCUUCUCUCUGGAAAAAGCACUGGGGGGGGGGGAUUCCCUCUCAUUUAAGUGGAUGCCAACAGGACAGAGUGAGAAUCAGACGUGGACACGAGACUUUGUGAAGAGACGAGGACGCCACAUGAAUUCAGACCCCGUCUCCAGGAGCCUCCUUGUGGAAAGUGUGGGGGGGGGGGGUCCGUCCUGUCAGCGGUCAACUGUCGGAUCAAUACACUGAAUGUUGGAGAGCAGGUCUGUGGCUGAGAACUUUUAAAGGAGGACGUCACCCAAAACCUUUUAGUUUCCUUAUCAGCUAAACUGUCGGGGACAGAUUGUGUGAUCACUAAAUGAUUGUUUUUUUUUGUGUCAUACAUUGUGUUGUAAUAAUUCUUAUGAUAUAUUGUGUAUUUUUCUUGUUGUCAACAAAUUCUACCGACAGACUGAAACCAGCUUCGGCUCAAAUCGUCAUAUCUGAAUGAAUCAAUGAGCUUUGUGCAAAUUUUCCAUGAAAUAAGACAUUUUUUUAAACAUUGAAGCUGAAGUUAUCAUGUGUUGGUCAGUGUUGAUAUUGUGUUGGUUUGUGUAAACAAAUCAACAUGGAGACGGAUCAGAUCUCAGACCUGAUCCACGUCUGUGUCUCUAAACUGUGACGUGUCCUCGUCGGUGCCAUAGAACUCCAUUGUUGUUAAAAACAUAUCAAGGAGCCCCAGUGUUAAAACGAGGAACAUGUUCCUAUAUUAUCAUACACACACACACACACACACACACACACACACACACACACACACAACAUUCUGCUGCUACAGAUACUCACCCAACAAAUCCACGACUGUAUCCUCUCUCAUUUGAGUGACACUUGUUAAAACCGACUUCCGGAAAUCACUGACUUUUGAAAGAUGGUUAAAUUCAUCUUAGUUUUUUUGAUCUUUUCAGUGGAUUUGUUGACAAUAAUAAAAAUAAAGACGCCAGACUCGUAUGUUUUUUCACACUCGCUCUUUAUAUCCGUUCUUUAGUCGAGUCACUUGUUUCGGUCAAUGUUUAAACACUGAUCCCAGGUCAUCACAUUCCAGUCCCUCUUGUUUAAAGCUGAGGAGCAUCUGUGAAGUUAAUGAGUUCAAAGUUUGUCAAACAAGCAGAUCGUGAAUCUGUUGUUAAACUGAAUCAACACUGUAAAAGACAGAUUUGUGAUUUAAAGCCACUAUGUGUAGGAUUUGUAUGUAAUUUAACAAUCUGAUGACAUCAAUUUGUAAAAAAUAUAUAUAUAUAUCAUCUGAUUGGAGGUUGUGUUGUUUUCCACUUGUUCAUCUCAUCAGAUCUGGGUUCAUUCGUUUUCUUACAAUCAAAAUUAUUUCCAUUUUAUCUUCAAUGUUUCACUGUCAGUGUUUGUUCUCCCACCUGGAGAGAGAACACAGCAGAAUUGUUGAAAUGACAAAAAUAAUGUAAUUAUUUAAAGAUUUUCAGCAAUUUUUCAA